UUUUGCCAAAUAAAGCUUUAGCUCAUGAAAUCAACUACGAAAUCUUCCACACCGUCAACUACUUGUAUGAUACGUAUUGUUAAGGGUGUGCGUUUGAGCCGAUGUUAGUUUUCGUUUUAUAAUUUUGCCUAUUUUCUAGUGGUUUUCAAAAACUUGUGUUAAACUGUGAGAAGUACUCGUAUUAAUCAUGCCUGUGAAGUUAAUUAUAAAAUCAGCAGCUCAGAGUGUUGAAGAUUUCACUCUGGAUUGUGAAUUGGAUUGGACUAUUGGCAAAGUGAAAGAUCAAAUUAGUAUACUGUAUCCUACAAAGCCACAAAGAGAGCAUCAGAAAUUAAUUUAUGGCGGGAAAUUGUUACCCGAUCAUCUACCUUUGGAGUCUGCAUUGAAUAAAAUGCAAGAUAUUCACAUUCUACACAUUGUUUGUCCCUUACCAGUUAAAACAGAUUCUGAAAAACCAAGUGAAUCCAAAGAGAAAUCUACAGUUCCAUCUGCAUUUACAGCUCUUCCUGCUAAUCCUGUGUAUACACAAAUGAAUCAGCCAUUGUUAUCUCCUCAAGGUUUAACAAGCGGAGGCAUUCCUGGAAAUGUAUCUGUCUUUAAUCCAGCUACUGAUACUGUCAAUCAGUAUUUGGCCAUGCAGCAGAUGUAUACACAGUUUAUGACACAAUACCUCUCUCAAUAUAAUGGGGGUACACCUUUUGGCAUUCCUCGUGGACCAGUUACACCUACUGUGCCAGUUGUUCAACCCCAGCCACCACAAGUGCCCCCACAAAAUCCAGUUCCUGUUGCUCCCCGAAGGCCGGCUGAGGAUGAAGAUCAAGACUAUAUUGAUUAUCUGUAUAUUUUUACCAGAGCUAUCGUGAUCUUCGCUCUUGUAUAUUAUUACUCAUCCGUUCCUCGAGUAUUGAUGGUUUUCCUGCUGUUACUAGUUAUGACAUUGUAUGUAAAAAUGACCAGACUGCAUCGUCUUAGAGAAGCUCGACGCAUGGCCAAUGAAAGAGAUGCAUCUGAAACUAGAAGCAGCCAACAAAGAGGAUCAGCUGACAUUCAUGCAGCAGGAAAUGAGACUUCUGAAACCCCUGCAUCAAGCCAGCCUGCCGAAAAUAGCAAUGAAAGGUCGAACUUCACAUCAGCCCUGUCAACUACUCUAAACCUUGUGUCUUCAUUUUUUACAUCACUUAUUCCAGUUGAACCAGUGCCUGUACAUGUAAACUAAUAAUUUUCUUUUACAUACCUGUAAAUAGUACAUGUAAAUUUUAUGCAUCCCUUCUCUUGUAGGAACUUGAUCUUUCUACAAAAGCAAUUAUUUUUUAGAUGCAAAAUUUUUGCACUGAGCAGGGUUAUGCUGCUGUAAAGCAUAUUACUGAUGUUUGUUAUCACUGUAAUGACUUUUAUUCUAGUCUCUCCAUUUCUACAUCCGUAUCUGUGCUAAAUAACUUUGCUAGAAAAACAAUUAUGGUAAAUGUUUUGUUAUAUAGAUGGACAUGUACACGUUACAGCCAUAUGUUGAUUUUAUUUAAAAAUGCCUUAGGCAUAAGUUAAAUGUACUAAUCACAAUCAAAUAUAUUCAUCAAAUUACAAAUAAUUUACAUCAGUUUUAAAAUGUUGUUGUUUGAAGAUGCCUUGGGCAUAAAUUAAAGGUUCUAAUCACUAUCUCAGUAUUAGAGGUGGUGCAUAAUUCCCUUUUUUUUAAAAAAAAUUUGAAUAUGAACUUGCUAUUGGUAAUGAGACAGCAUCUCACAGAGAGAAGCCAAAUAAUGGAAAAUUAAGUAAUUCAUUUUAUGUAUUGAGACAGUAAUUUUGAUUAAUUCAUUUUUUCCACAUUUUUAGAUGUUUAUAAGCUAAAUGUAUAUUGUUUAAUAUAAAACUUUGCCUUUGCUUUGGCAAUGAAAAUUCUCAGUCAUUUCUGGUUUACUUACAAAUGAAUCAUCAUCAUGUUAUUUAGCAAGAUGCAUUUUCAUUUGAGCCUCUGGCUAACAAAUACAUUUUGUGAUACUAUUUGAAAUGCUGAUAUUUAUUUAUAAUAAAUGAGAAUCGUCAUGUAAAUCAAUUGAGGAGUUUAUUUUUAUGCAAUAAUGAAGGCAAAAAUAUUGCCCUAUUUAUAUUUUCAAGUUUUGUCAAGGCUAAUUGCCUGGUAUUAACAGAACAGCUUUCAUGCUUUCAAGAACAAAAAUGUAAAUAGCUAUAUGCUUUGAAGGUAUUGAGAAUUGGUUUAAAUGCUGGAUUUUUAUAUUUUUGAAGGCAUGAAUAUUCCUCAAUAAUAGUUUUGUUAUGUAAAUAAAUUUUUCUUUGAAAAACUGU